GCUGUAGUGGGAUCACAGCAUCUUUCUAGAACUUCUUCAAAUUCUUUCUAGAUUCAUCUAGUGAUCCUCGACUUCCCAAACUAGCUCAACCCACCAGUGCCAGUUCUUCCAUAACUGCGAAUCAAACAAGCACGAAUUUAAAGCUAUUGGACAUGGAGGAGAGACUUCUCCCUGAAAGAAAAGAGAGCUUGAGGGUGAGAGUUUGGGAGGAAUCAAAGAAGAUAUGGAGGGUUGCAUUUCCUGCCAUGUUAGCUCGAGUAUCGGGCUUUGGAAUGUUUGUUGUCACUCAAGCGUUCAUCGGACACAUCAGUGAGGUUGAGCUUGCAGCCUAUGCCCUUAUACAGAUCAUCACUGUCCGAUUCGCAAAUGGAAUAUUGGUAAGGAUAUUCUCUUGUGUUGCAGUUUUUGAAAUAUGAUCCUUUUUCACCAAAUUGCACUUUUGAGAUUGUAUUUUCAACUACAUUUUUUCUAAAGCAUCUUAGAGCUUUUUCUAUAAAUAAUAAUAAAAAAAAAACAAAAAAAAAAAGGAGGAUUGAACUUGGGCUAAGAUUCUGCUUCUCUAUGUUAGUGUGAAGUUAAAUAAAGGAGAUUAUAAAAGUUCGAGGUGUCU